CAAUGACCUUUCAUUAUUGAGUUCGAGCUGGAUAUCCGAACGUAUCAGUAGCAGGCUGACGAAAAUGGCGGAUCGUACGGUGGUCCAUCGGCAUUGCGUCGCUUGAAGUGCUAUUUGAUUUUUUUGCGAUUUUUGUGUGAAAAUGUGAUAAUGAUGAAUUAAAACUUGUUGUGAAGUGUAGUUUCAGUGCGUUUAAAUAUGUGCCGGACAGAAAUGUUUCGAUUUGGUGUUGGGAACUGGAUUUUUUUGCUGAGUUUUGUAUAUUUGUUUACGUAUACUCAAGGUGGCGAAGAUGAAAGCGAAACAAUGUUUGGACUAUCAUCAGAGCCAGCGGAUGCGGUGGUGGCGGAGGGCGAGAGUGCCUUGCUGGCCUGCGGAGCGCCACCGCCCGCGCGUCUUUCGUGGCGGUACAGCGCCACGGCACCCCCCACUAGAGACCACGCAUUACCACGCGCUGACACUUACAGGAAGCAGCUCACGAACGGCUCUUUGGUAAUAGAGAGCAUGUCGUCGGCGUUAGCUGGCCAGUACCAAUGUGUCGCGACGGUGGACGGCAUUGGGACCGUCGUGUCGAGAGUGGCCAGCGUUUUUUUAGCCGAAGUACCUGAACUAGGCGAAAGUCCACGAGUCGUGAUGGGCGUUUUGGGAUCACCGGCACUUCUAUCCUGUCCCAUUCGCCUUCCGCAAAGGCUUGCGGUUCGCAUCGUGCCUUCGCCCUCCGCACCGCAGCCCGAGAGGCGGGUGUACGGCCUCACCAAAAUACACGCACCGCCACCUGUAUUAAAGCUGAACGUAACGUGGUUGAAGAACGGUUCUCCGGUGCGCAUGGAGGCGGCGCGCGUGUCGCUGACGCCGGGCGGCGCGUUGGAGCUCGACCCGCUGCGCGCGCACGACGCCGCGACCUACCGCUGCGCCGUCGCGCUGGCUUGUGAAACUUUCAGACUCGGACCGGAGGUGGAACUGCGCGUAAACAGUGAACUAGCCAACCUGGAGUCAGCACCUCGGUUCAUCACCACACCGCAACCGGUCACCGUCAUGGAAGGUGCGUCCGUCACGUUCGACUGUGCGGCCGUCGGAAAUCCUAAACCGGAAAUGGUGUGGUUGAACAACGGAGUCGCUAUCGAUCUCAACGACCUGGACUCGCGGCUGUACCUGGUGGGGUCGGGCUCGCUGCGCGUGGCGGCGGCGCGCGCGCAGGACGCCGGCACGUACACGUGCCGCGCCACCAACCGCGUGGACUCGGCCGACCACUCGGCGCAGCUGCUCGUGUGGGCCGCGCCGCGCGCGUCGCUGCGCGCGGGCGGCGCCGUGCGCGCCGUGGCGCGCGGUGACGUCACGCUGCGCUGCGACGCGCGCGGCCGCCCGCCGCCCGCCGUGGCGUGGCUCAAGGACGGCGAGCCGCUCACGCCCAACGACCACGACAUCGCGCUCGUCGACGGGUCGUCGCUGCGCAUCCGCGGCGUGCUGGACGUGGACGCCGGCGUGUUCCAGUGCAGCGCCAGCUCGCCCGCCGGCAGCAGCGUGGCCGCGCUGCGCCUGCUCGUGGCGCCGCACGAUCAUAAACCGAACCCCACCCACCCAAAGUCCUUUACGAAUUCCACUCAAGACAUUUUCAAUACGCUCAUUUCCGGCGACUUCGAGCAAACCCUUGACCCCACUCCCGAGGACCCAGACUUCCUGGGCGAGACGUCCUCCGCGUACACCUCCGAGCCGCUGUACGACGACUAUAACGAGAACACUUUAGAUAACGAUUAUUCAUUUCACGCUGCUGAAGACUUGGAUACUGAGGAAUUUAGGAACGGGAACGCGACUGCCGUCUCCCCGCCCAAGGACUUAAGGGCGGUUAUCGUGAAGCACAGGUUCGUGACGCUCACGUGGGAGGAGCCCGAACAUAAGUUGGAGGAGAUCAGCGGGUACGCUAUCCUGUACAAGGUCAAGGGGAGUGAGCGCGAGCGUCUCUCCCGCGGCGAGGCUCGUCGGCACGAGAUGAACGUGGCCUCCCUGCAGCCCAACACCACGUACCAGUUCAAGGCGGUGGCGCUCACCGAACACGCCGUCUCCCCUCCCACUGAGAUAAUAGAAGCGACGACCCCCCCGGAGGAGUUGACGUACGGCCCCCCGCUGAACGUGCGCGUGGAGGCGACGGGCGCGCACGCGCUGCGCGUGUCGUGGGAACCCCCCGCCCCCGCCGGCGGCGCCGCUCGGGCUCCGCCCUCCCGAUACGCCGUCUACUACACGGAGGUGGAGAGCGGUCGCGAGCAGGCGCAGUGGGCGGGCGCGCCCCCCGCGGCGCUGGCGGCGCUGCGCGCGGCGGCCGCGUACCGCGUGCGCGUGGCGGCCGCGGGCGGCGCCGCCAGCGCCGACGUGCUCGCGCGCACGCGCAGCGACGCGCCCGCCGCGCCGCCCGCCAACGUGUCCGCCGCGCCGCUCGGCGACACCGCCAUCCUCGUCCGCUGGGAGGCGCCGCCCGCGCGCACGCACCGCGGCGCGCUGACGGGCUACAAGCUGCGCUACCGCGCCGUGGGGCCGGCGGGGGGAGCGGGCGCGGCCGCCGCCGGCUCGGGCGCGACCCCCCGCCGCCGGGCCGACUCGCUCACGACGCCCGCCGACACCCGGCGAGCGGAGUUGCGCGGGCUCGAACCCGCUACCUCGUAUCAGAUCCGCGUGUGCGCGAUGAACGCGAACGGCUCCGGCCCGUUCAGCGACUGGGUGCCGGCCAGCACGCAGGGCCGGCGCCGCGCCGACAGCGCCGUGCCGGGCCGGCCGCCGCCGCUCACCACGCGCGCUGGUCGCGACUGGAUCUCGGUAUGGUGGGGGGGCGACGACGGUUCUGGCGGAGCUCUGGUGCGCGGGUACCUGCUGGGGUGGGGCCUGGGCGUGCCAGACUCCCAUUCUCGUGAAUUGCCUGCGCACGCGCACUCACACGUCAUACGCGCACUCGAAUCGAACUCGGAGUACGUGAUAUCGCUGCGUGCGAGCAACGCUCUCGGUCUCGGGCCGGCGGUGUACGCGACGGUACGCACGAAGUCCUCCGAGCCGGAUGAGGACGAACCGGACGAGCCGGACGAACCUGAUGCGGAUGAACCGGACGAUCCGGAUGAGGAGGAAGACGAUACACCACCUCUCAUACCACCUGUGGGGGUUAAGGUGAUAAUGUUGAGUGGUACCACCGCUGUUGUUUAUUGGACGGAUCCCACACUGCCUAAAGGACAAACGGCAACGGACGGUCGGCGUUACGCGGUGAGGUGGUCGGGGGGUGGUCGCACGCGUGUCUACAAUGUCUCCGACCUCAACUGUAUGGUGGACGACCUGCGACCCUACACGCACUACGAAUUCGCUGUCAAGUUGAUUAAAGGCGAGCGCGAGUCGGCGUGGUCGAUGCUGGCGUCCAACACAUCGCUGGAGGCCGCGCCGAGCUCCGCCCCCCGAGAUCUGCGGGUGUCGGCCGCCGCACCCCCCGCACGCGCCGCCGAUCUUACGUGGAGCCCCCCCGCGCGACCCAACGGACAGCUCACGGGCUACAUCAUAAUGUACGCGGCUCAGCGGGGCGCCGCGGGGGCGGCGGAGGAGUGGACGACGGUGACGGUGGCGGGCGAGCGCGGACGAGCACGCGUGGAGCGACUGCGCGCACGCACCACCUACCACUUCAAAAUACAAGCGCGGAACGGCAAGGGCCUCGGGCCGUUCAGCGCGCCCGUCGCCUACACCACAGGACCCGGUAGGCACCGAAGCGGCGAGGGCGGCGGGCUGGCGAGCGCCACGUCGGCGUGGCUGUGGGCGAGCGCGGGCGGCGCGUGCGCCGUGCUGGCGCUGGCGGCGGCGCUGGCGCUGUCGCUGUGCUGCCGCCGACACAGCGCGCCGCUGUCGCCCGACACCAGCACAUACCAGAAGGCGUCUGCGUCAGCAGCCAUCAAGCCGCCGGACCUGUGGAUACAUCACGACCAGAUGGAACUAAAACACAUGGACAAGAGCUUGCACAGCUCUGCCAGUAAGAUGUCCGCGGGCAGCGUGGAGGGCAGCGCGCUGGUGUCGUCGACGCUGACGCUGGCGCGCGCGCCGCCCGCGCCGGCCGACUACGAGCCCGCGCGCCACGCGCCGCCGCCCGCGCUCGCCAGCCUCGAGCGGCGCUACGUGCCCACCUACGUCGAGUCCCGUCGGUCGCCGUCGGUGGGUGGUAGUGGUAGCGACGACACGGCCGUGCUGCGCGCGUCACCGUACCGCUGCGAUUACCGUUGCGACCCGCUCAUGCCGUGUCUAGCCAUGACAGGGGUGGGCGUAGGCGUGGGACUUGGAGUAGGGUGCACGGGCACCUGUGAACGACGAAGACAUCUCCCAGACCAGAGCACGCCGCUGCUGUCGGGCGUGGCGCCGCUGGGCUCGCCGCAGACGUCGCUGGCGUCGCUGCAGCACCACCCGCCGCACCCGCCGCCCGCGCCAUGUGGGUCGGGGCAGUGCCCGCUGGGCAGCGCGUGCUCGGCGCCCGGCGGCGGCGCGGGCUCGGGCUCCGACGUGUACGCCAGCGCCGCCUCGGCCCGCGAGCGCGGACACUACGUCGCCUACGAGCCGCUCGGCCACUACACGCACCGCGACUCGCUGAGCAGCGAGGCGGGCGUGGGGGUGGGGCCCGCGGUGGGGCCCCCGGCGGGGGGCGCGGGGUCGCUGCAGCGGCGCGCGGGCUGCGGGCCCCUGCACAGCUUCGCGCUGCCCGACACCGCCUCCGACCACUCCACGCCCUCGCACUCCAAGGCGGGCAGCGUCAGAGAGACGUCUCCGUACAAGAAGAGUGCGAGCUCAUCGCCCGGACACAUUCCUAACAGACUGCAGCUCGGUGGCAGCGUAUCCCACCGUGCCGAGGAGUUGGAGCCCCUGACUCCGUCACGCUCCACCGAGCGUCUUCACCGCGAAAUGCAGAACCUCGAGGGUCUCAUGAAGGACCUGUCCGCAAUCACGCAGAACCAGUUCCACUGCUAGCGUCCGGCCGACGCGUCCGACCGGUACCGGAUCGACGUCUGACCGACCCGUGGCCAGACUCACGGCUUAAUGGAACGUGACACAACGCGUUAUUGAAUAACAUUCUGUUGAUAAGACAUACCGUGACCUUUAUAAGACUUUGUAUGAAGAGUGGUGGGAGAUACGUGUAAUCUAACUCUUUUCUUAUUAUAUUAGAAAACAAUUUAUCAGACAUGCUCUCAGUAGAGCUAUUCUGUAAGAGUUCACUUCAUCACUCACCCGUGAAAUGUUGACAACCGACUCAUGGUGAUAUCCUCUUUUGUUGCGUGUAUUGAAAUGUUAUAAUUAUUAUGGCGAUAUUUCACGAUCGUUCUCUGCGGUGAAUCUCGACUUUCUUCUUACAGAAUCUUGAAAUGACAUACAUCGAAAUAGUAUAUAACCGUAAGCUGGUUUAAAACAUUUCACGAGUGAGAUACGAAGUCAGACACAGAACAGCGCUGCAGUGAGCGGAAAUGGUACUAAAGCGUGAAUAGCAAAAUUAAAAUACAAUCCGUAAAAAAACUUGUGUACAAAUUUAAUUUUGAUAUUUAAAAACGACACUGAAUUUAAUCUCAAGAAAUUAUUGUAAUGUUUUUCAAUUACUCCUAAAAGUUACAAGUUCAAGACCCACGUCUGGGCAACGUCUCCUCAUAUGGGGAUUUAUUUAACUAUGAUGACGUCACGAUUUUAUCUUAAAAACGAAAUUGCAAGAAUUUAAUAUAAUAGGAUUAAAUCGUUUUGCCUAAUAUUCUAUUACUUAGGAAAUUAUAUUUAUAAAUAUAUUAAAUUUUUUUUUUUGUAAUAAAUUUUACAAUUUUUUGGCCUAUGUAAUAUUUUGGAAUUUAUAUUAUGUUAAUUAUAAUAACAAAACACCAAAAUCGUAAUUAAUUAGAAUUCAAUUAGGCUCUUAUCACUAUUGAAAAGUAAUUUCAAACUUCAGUACCGAUAAGAACCGGUAAGUAUCUUGCAAAUUCAUCUUAUUCGAUGAAAUUUUAAUUGCGAGGACAUAAUAGAAUUUUCUCUAUUUAUUUAAUAAUUGUAAUAUAAGUUUGUAUGUAUAAUUUUUCGUGUAAAGCUAGUCAAAUAGGUUGAUUAGAUUGGAAAAGUAUUUUCAUAUUGCUGGAAUGAAUUUUAAGUACAACGAAACGGAGGAAACUCUCUCUGUCCUCCUCUAACACGAACAAAGUCCACUAAUUCCAUGUCCAAGUCUGAGGUCUUCCGUCUCAAAACCGCACUCUUAAACACGAUCCCACAAUGCAAAAUUAAUAUUAUCAGUCUCAAAAGAGAAUA